UGCGCUACGGUUAUAACGCCAUCACCAUCCCGUAACUCCUCUCAGUCUGAGGUCUGUGGUACCCGGAGGUGGUACCGUAGCAACGUGUCGCCAUACUCUACAACAAAAAGGACACCGGGGGCCACUCGCGCUCAACCGAGCUUCCAGCGGACGCAGCCGCGGUACAGCUUCUACUCCCAGUUUGUGCUGCAUCCUCUAAUCCUGUGACGCUCCGCUGUCCUCCAGGAACAGCCUUAAACACCAUUUCCAUCGUCAUCCCAGUUGUCGUGAGCAGAUAUGCCUCCAGCAGUUGGCGGUCCAGUAGGGUACACCCCUCCUGAGGGUGGCUGGGGUUGGGCGGUGGUGUUGGGGGCCUUCAUCUCCAUUGGCUUCUCCUACGCCUUCCCCAAAUCCAUCACUGUGUUCUUCAAAGACAUCGAGGUCAUCUUCGAUGCCACACCAAGUCAAGUGUCCUGGAUCUCCUCCAUCAUGCUGGCUGUCAUGUAUGCAGGAGGUCCAAUCAGCAGCAUCCUCGUGAAUAAAUUCGGCAGCCGACCGAUCAUCAUCCUCGGCGGUUGUCUGUCAGGGUCUGGUCUGGUUGCAGCUUCUUUUUGCAACACGGUGCAGCAGCUGUACUUCUUCAUUGGAGUAAUUGGAGGUUUGGGACUGGCCUUCAACUUGAAUCCGGCGCUCACUAUGAUUGGUAAAUACUUCUACAAGCGCCGACCCAUUGCCAACGGCCUCGCCAUGGCGGGCAGCCCCGUGUUUCUGUCGACCUUGGCUCCUCUCAACUCCUGGCUGUACGAUGAGUUUGGGUGGAGAGGCAGCUUCCUCAUCCUCGGUGGACUCCUGCUCAACUGCUGUGUGGCCGGCUCGCUAAUGCGUCCCAUCGGCCCCAAACCUCAGCCGCCCAAAGUGGAGGCGGUGGAAGCAGGGCAGCCUCAGCCCAAGAGGACGGUGCUGCAGAAAAUCAACUCCUUCAUCGACCUGACGCUCUUCAAGCACCGCGGCUUCCUGCUCUACCUGCUGGGCAACUUCGUCAUGUUCUUCGGCCUCUUUUCUCCACUCGUCUUCCUCUCCAAUUACGCAAAGAGUAAGGACAUCAGCAAAGAAAAGGCGGCCUUCCUUCUGUCAGUGCUGGCGUUCAUAGACAUGUUUGCUCGGCCCUCAAUGGGCUUUCUGGCGAACACCAAAUGGGUCCGGCCCAGGAUCCAGUACUACUUUGCUGCAUCAGUCCUGUACAACGGUGUGUGUCACGUGCUGGCGCCGAUUUCAACCGACUACUCGGGAUUUGUGGUCUACGCUAUCUUCUUUGGCUUUGGUUUUGGCUGGCUGAGCGCUGUGCUGUUUGAGACGCUGAUGGACCUGGUGGGGGCUCAGAGGUUUUCUUCAGCUGUGGGUCUGGUCACCAUCGUGGAGUGUGGGCCGGUGCUGUUGGGCCCACCACUGACAAGCAGCUUCUAUGACUACUACCACCACUAUGAUUACACCUACAUCACCUCCGGCAUCGUCCUCAUUAUAGGAAGCAUCUUCCUCUUUGUGGGAAUGGGCAUCAACUACCGGAUGUUAGACCGAGAAAAGAAAGCGGAGGAGCGAAAAGAGAGGGAGGAGCCCAAAGAGGAGCGUGCUGCCAUGCUGCCGCCUUCUUCUCCGGCAAAAUCGAGCGAGGAUGGCGUACCGUCGGCUGUCACAAUGGACGAAGUCUCCAGGAUGGAUGAGGACACAGUGUAAACGGACAAACUUGGGAAGAAAUGAACACGCACGAGAGCUGCAGUUACAACCACACAGCAUCUUUAUAGAGAAUAAAUUCCUUUUUACACCACCCUGAAGCCAUAGAAACCGCUCCAUGAUUAAAACCAGAGACCUGCUGCGGUGACGCUGAUGUGAAUCUGCGCUCAGCCUCAUUCAGACCUCCGGUUUUUGGUCUUUGACGUGCCUUUUUGGUGAACUGAGAGCGUUCCAGGCGGUGCUGCUUGCAUAAACACCAGAUAGACGCACAGCAGACGGCGUGACUGUAACCAUCCCGGAAAGUAACGAGGACUUUGUCUCAGGGUCUCAAGCUGUCACAAAGGUUCAGGGCCUCGUGCGCACACUUUUUAACUUUUUUUUUUUUU